AUGUCUCCAAAUACGAAGCUUGACGACGUUGACGUGAUCUUGACCCGUGGUGCUUUUCAAACUCUGCACAAGUUCGUCAAGAGUGGAUGCUCAACUGCAUUCAUCCUACAGAUGAACGUCAUCAACAAAACUCUGAUUCUCACAUACAGAGAGGAAAAGAACAAGCGAGCCAGCAGCAGGAAAAGCCCCAGCUGGGGCCACGCGUUCGAAGAGGGUUUCACUGCAUACGAUGACGAUCUCAAGGAAAGCCUCGCCCAUCACAGAGCCAUCAAAUAUCAGUUUGGCAGCCUCAAAGUUGCAGUUCUUCAUGAGGUAGAUGCCUCAUACUCUGGAUCAUUCGGAUCGCCAGGGCCCGCGGAAUCUGCCGAAAGGAAGGCAAAGUAUUUGGCAAAGAGGAGCGGGGCCACCAAUCUUGGACAUCUGGUGAAGUCAAAUCAAGAUGUGGCAGUAAGACUCUUUGGGACUGGGACAGCAGCCGAGAACGUUGCGGAGAUGAAAGCGACGCAGAAGCCUUUGGCGUUGAGUGGUGUCCCCAACGAGGCAAAGACCCAGUGUUGGUUUGGUCGGACCGGGACUCUCAUAUUUGGCAUACAUGAGAACGGCAUCUUCAAAAAACAUUCCGUCAAGCAGUUCGAGUUUGAGCCCUGGUGCCAGAACGCACAGGAACCCUUGCAGAAAGUCGUCUCCCUUUUCGAAAAGCUCCGCGAGCAGACCCGCCGCAUCGGCAACUGCGGUGCGACUGAUGUCCUCAUUGUUGGGGCUGGGCCCGUCGGCCUGGUGACGGCACUUGGUCUCGCGCAACAAGGCAUCGACACAGUUAUCAUUGAAAAGCGGGAGCUGGAGGUUCAGGAAUCCUUCGGCCGAGCCAUCACUCUCUUCCCCCGCACCCUCGAGCUCUUGGAGCAGGUGGGCGUGGCUGAAGACAUGGUUCAAGCGGGCAACGUCGCACGGGGAAUCGCCACCUACCAGGAAGGCAAGAGAACGCCGGCCGUGGGCCAGCAGACGAUGUUCACCGCCAUGAACGGAACGUUCCACAACUACAUUCUCAACAUCCGGCAGAAGAACUCCCAAGCGAUCUUCGCCGCCAAGUACAAGGCUGUUUCGGGAAACGACGUCCAGUACCAAUGGGAACUCGUCGACUACCAAAUUGACCAAGCGCCUCAGGAUGGCUACAACAUUACAGCCGUCCUGCAACAUCCUCAGCACGGAACGCGCGCGGUUAGAUGCAAAUACCUGGUCGGCGCCGACGGUGUUCAGUCGCAGGUCCGACAACUUGCAAAAAUUGAAAUGAUUGGGGACGAGACGGCAUACGAAUGGGUCCGCUUCGAUGGCCGUAUCAAGACCGAUGUUCCUGACACCGAACUUGGUUUCGUGACGAUCCAAAGUGCCGAGUAUGGCAACGUCUUCUUGGCCAGGAUCGACAAGGAUGCGUUCCGCAUUGGAUACGUAUUCACCCCGACACUGAAAGCCAAGUAUCCCGACGGUCUUACCAAGGAAAAGGCUCUCGAGGAGGGGCUCAAAUCCUUCCACCCCUUCAAGGUGGAGUUUGAGCGGCUCGACUGGUGGACCAUCUACACUAUCAGGCAAAAGGUAGCCGAGACCAUGAGCAAGGAUGAAUUCGUGUUUCUUGCUGGUGACGCCGCCCACACACACUCUUCUGGCUUCGGUCAGGGCAUGAACACCGGAGUCCACGAUGCCAUCAACCUUUCUUGGAAGCUCGCUGGAGUCAUCAGGGGAUGGUACCAAUCAGGAGUCCUCGACACCUAUUCCGAGGAGCGCCGUGCUGUCGCUCAGAAGGUCAUUGACAUUGACAAGACUCUGGCAGCGGUAAUGUCUGGCGACCUUCCUGAGACAUGGAACGGAUGCAGCGGCAAGCCUGAGCACAGCAAAGUUCUGGGCGACUUGCUCACAUCGAACGCCAAUUUCAACAUUGGCUUCGGCGUCAGCUAUGGACCCUCCAUCAUCGUCGACAAGGCCUGCACCGGCAGUCUGGCCGUGGGUUACCGCACCCCUGACGUGCUACUCAAGUCGCCUGGUGCUUGCACUCCCAUCCGCCUGCAAAGCAUCAUCCACAAGAACACUGGGAAGUGGAACCUGCUCAUCUUCGCUGGUCGCCCGUUCCAACAGAGAGAAAAGCUAGCUGCUCUUCGUGAGGCGCUGAAGUCUACCACUUCUCUCACCAAACACGCUCAGACGUUGAGCUUCACGACCAUCGUGUCCGGUACUAUUUCCAACACAUGGGACGUUUUCGACGGGCUUCCCCCGAACUUCGUCUACUGCGACGUUGACGGCCAAGGACACAACAGCUAUGGAAUGUCGGCCACAAGCGGCGGGCUUGUAGUACUUCGCCCAGAUGGCUUCUUGGCUGCUACUUACCCGAUCGAAGAUGUCCAGGAAGUCGCUGCUUUCUUGGACGGUUUCUGUUCUGACAACACCAAAGCACUCCCCAUCGUUUGA